AUGCUUGAGCCACCUCCGCGGUCGAUGACGUCUCGAUUGGCAACUUGGUUGAGCGGCAACAGCAGGAACAGUCAGAUGCAGCCGGUCAAUGCUGCUGGUGGUGCAUUUGACAUUGUUCCCCUACCCCUCUUCCAUUGGAGUCUUCGCUUCGCCGCGCUGGCCAAGCAGCAUUCGCCAACUUGGCUUGCGGAUGUUGUUGCCCAGAUCGAACCGCACGCGGGGUCAAUCUUGACAGCUGCUUUGACCAUUGUGCUGAUCGCCUUUCUGACCUCGACGAUCAUUAAGCGCAGAAAAGAGUCCGCGAGACCAGUUUCUGUGGCUGUGCCUCACGCCGUCCAAGCAGGAUGGAAUGGCAUGGUGCUUCCCUACCCCACCGUCUCCUCCAAAGCCCAUCCUCGACUAAUCACGUGCUACGAUCCAUCCACUGCUCAGCACAUCUCCGAUAUCCAGGCUGAUGAUGCGUCUGCAAUCUUUGAGAAGGUGCGCAGAGCACAAGCGGCGCAAAGAGCCUGGGGCGACUCGGAAUUUGCGAGGAGAAGGCGGGUACUGAGGACAAUCAAGCAGUGGCUCGCCAACGAUAUGGAAAUUGUGGUCAAGGUGGCUUGCAGGGACACUGGCAAGACGGUGAGUGAUUCGAAGUCGUCUUUCGAGCUGUCCCGCCUACAACAACACUCAAUCGACGUGCUCUGACCUUCCGUCUUUAGGCAGUAGAUGCGCUGCUUGGCGAAAUCCUGACAACCUUUUCGAAGCUCGACUGGCUCAUCGGCAACACCGAGGCUGUUUUGAAAACGGAAGUGCGGCCCUCAAACCUUUUGCUGGCACACAAACGAUGCAAGGUCUUUCACAGACCUCUAGGUGUUGUCGCCGCCUGUGUCAGCUGGGUACGUUCUGCGCUUUGGGCUGCAUCGGCCCCGCGACUGGGUUCUCAUUCUGUCUUCUUGUUGCGCAGAACUACCCCGUCCACAAUCUAAUCUCACCAGCAAUCGCAGCUUUAGCUGCUGGAAACUCUGUGGUAGUCAAGGUGAGCGCAGCAUUGUCGACUCUCCACUUUGAGAGAGUCAGGCUGCUCAGCUUGCCCCGCUCAAUCAUGUAGGUUUCCGAACAAGUGGCUUGGUCCUCUCGGUACAUUUUGACAGCCUUGCAAGCGUGCCUCGUCGCUUGCGGAGAGUCUCCAGAUCUCGUUCAAGUGGUCGUAUGCUAUCCCGGAGAUGCCGAAGCCUUGACAGCCAAUCCAGCCAUCAAGCAUAUGACGUUCAUCGGAUCGGAGACGGUGGCAAAGCUCGUCGCGCAAAGCGCCGCCAAAGCGAUGAUACCGACUUGUAUGGAGCUUGGUGGUGCAGACCCGAUGAUCAUACUUGAAAAUGUGGACCUCAAGUAUUUUGCACCUACCUGGAUGAGAGGCACCUUUGGCGCCGCGGGGCAGAACUGUAGUAAGUACAACGCCGUGUACGCACCACUUAUUGUCGCCACUGUCUCACACAUCGAAAUCUCUGCGAUGCAGUUGGUGCCGAGCGCUUCAUCGUCAGCUCAAAAAUUGUUGACAAAUUCAUUGCAUUGAUGGCACCUCGCAUCGAAGCGCUCAAGCCAGGCUCAUUCUUAGCUGAUACACCUUUCUCCGACUCCAAGGACGUGAAACAGGCCGGCGACCAUGUUGAGCACGUAGACAUUGGCCCCCUGAUCACGGGUGCCCGGAUCGAGGCUUUGGAGGCCAUCAUUGCCGAUGCGGUCAAGGCUGGCGCCAGAGUCAUCAUCGGCGGCAAACGCUACGCGCAUCCCAAACACGCACACGGGCAUUACUUCCAGCCGACCCUCAUAGUGGACAUCAAACCUGACAUGACAAUUGCCCAGGAGGAGUUAUUUGCGCCUAUAUUCCGCGUCAUGUCCUUUGACAGCUUGGACGACGCCAUUGCUCUAGCGAACGGCACUCGCUACGGGCUCGGCUCAAGCGUCUUUGGCUCCAACAAGAAGCAAUGUAUGUACGUGGCUAGCAAGCUCGAUGCCGGCAUGUGCAACAUCAACGAUUUCGCGUGUGGCUACCUCAACCAGGGCUUGCCUUUCGGUGGAGUCAAGGCAUCCGGCUACGGUCGCUUUGCCGGACCAGAAGGCCUGCGUGCGCUCACCUCACCCAAGGCCACGACUGAAGACAUCUUCUUCUCGGCAAUUCGCACAGCGAUCCCACCCCCGCUCGACUACCCUUUGACCAACCCAACGAAUGCUUGGAGCUUUGCGCAAGGUCUUGGCAACUUUGUGGGAGGCAGUCUCUCGCAGAAGGCGCGGGGAAUCUUCGCGCUUAUCCGUGGAUCGUUGUGA